AUGGCGGGAGAGUACCGACCGCUCAAAACCGACGAUGUCGCUGAAUUCGACCAAACCCGCCCUGCGAAGAACUCACGCACACUUGUGCUAAGCAUAUUCUUUCUCGUCACAACUGCUGGGCUGUCUGCAUUCUAUGCACUCCCUCCUUAUCUGCGGGGUGUGCCAGCACCAAUCCUCGCUGACGACUAUAACGAAUCGCUCAAGCAAUGUGCCUCCAGUCUUCCUUCGCUUGCGUCUCCACCAGCCCCUUUGAAUCCGUGGGCAUCGCUCACAGUUGCGGAGACUGUUGCCAUCACGGAGUGGCUCAACGUGCCAGAGCGCGCGCUGAACCUCACCCCGGGCGAUCGUGGCUCUCUCGCGCUUUCUGAUAACUUCGUUUUCCACAUCGGCGCAUUUCGACCUGCAAAGAAAGAUGUUCUAGCAUACCUCGAAGACCCCACUCCUCAGAGUCUGCCAGAGAGGCAUGCGCGCGUAACAGUCCACCAUGGUGCUGCCGCUGAGCCUGUUGUUCGCGAUUAUCUUGUUGGACCUCUUCCUGUGGGUGAGGAAACCAAGAUGCGCGAACUGACAGAAAUAUACCACCAUGAUCACAUUCCAUUCAACGCGCGUGGCAUCACCAGCUGGGGUGAACUGCUGCCCAUACUGGAUGUAGUCGGAAUGUCCGAUCUCGCUGAGGUCACACAGGAUCUGUUCGGAGGCGUUGCGCUCGGCCUCCAAAACGACACGCUGGUUGCGGGAGCAGUAGGUCCUCUGAGUUUCGACGGCUCGUUCCGCAGAACGUGGAUCAACUGGCGGCGGAAUGUGCCCGGCAUGUAUCUUCACCCCGUCGGAUUUUUCAUGUAUGUUGACAUGUCCGGCACGGAUCCGAGCCAAUGGAAGCUCCUCAAGAUCGUGUACAAUCACCAGGUAUUCUCCAGCGUUGACGAAUUUCUCGCUGUGUACCACAAUGGCACACUCCGACGCCUCCCGGCUCGCCCAGACAACAUAGACUAUGGGUGGACAACGCGCACGCGUCCCGAUGUCCCACCACGCGAUCUUGACUAUCUGCCUGGUCCCCGCUCAGUUUCGUUCGCCGGCCUGCGCUUCCGCGUCGAUUUCAAGACCCAAUAUGUCAGUUGGAUGGGUUGGGGGAUGUACUUCGGCUUUGAUAGAGACAUGGGACUCAGCCUAUGGGACGUGCGCUUCCGCGGGGAGAGGCUGAUCUACGAGCUUGCACCGCAAGAGGCCAUUGCUCAAUAUGCCGGAAAUGAUCCUAUGCAAUCCACCACUGCGUGGCUUGAUCGAUACUUUGGCAUGGGUGGCAACGUUCGUGAUAUGCUCCCCGGAUACGACUGCCCACAUGAGGCUGUAUUCCUCCCUGCGACUACACACUCAUUCCUCGGCAGUAUUACUCGCCAGCGUGCCAUCUGCGUCUUUGAACACGAUACUGCGCGUCCACUCACGCGCCACAUGGGCUUCCAGCAUGGCGAGUUCGGUGCAGUGAAAGGAUACGUUCUUGUCGUAAGGAGUAUAUCUACGGUUGGAAAUUAUGACUAUUUGGUGAGUGUUUCAUUGUUCAAAUCGCAAUGGAUUGCUGAUGAUCAACAGUUUGAUUACAUUUUCCACUUGGACGGUACGAUCGAGGUCCGAUUGUCGGCUUCCGGAUACCUGCAAGGAGGAUUCUGGGAGCCUAGCCAAGAGGGAUAUGGCACGGCGAUUCACGAUACUACAAUGGGCUCUUUGCACGAUCACGUCAUCAAUUAUAAAGUCGAUCUCGAUGUCGCCGGCUCAGCGAACUCUCUUCUCUUCACGAGCACCGCUCAGGAGGAAGUGGAGCAGCCUUGGUUCGAGGACGACUGGGGCAACACCGCGAUACAACAGAAGAUCACGCGAACGUAUAUCGAGAACGAAGACGACGCAAUGCUGCGGUUCCCGACGAACUUCCAAGGCGGCUACGCACUCGUGAACAGAGAGGAAAAGAAUAUAUGGGGCGUACCGAGAGGAUAUGCCAUCCAUGCUGGAUAUUCUCCAGUACACAAUACGGUCGUCGGCUCCAAGCGUCUACUGAACAACGCGAACUGGGCGAGAUACAACCUGGCCGUUUCAAAGAGGAAGGAGACGGAGCCAACGUCGAGCAGCAUGUGGAACCAGAACUUGCCCGGCGCUCCUAUGGUGGACUUUCACAAGUUCUUCGACGGUGAGAAUAUCACGCAGGAGGACUUGGUUGCGUGGAUCAACGUCGGGACUCAUCACCUGCCACAAGCGGAGGAUGCACCCAACACACGGACCAAUACUGCCGCAUCGAGCUUCUUCCUGACUCCGCUAAACUACUUCGACUCCGACAUUGCGAUGGAGUCGACUAACGCGAUCCUCCUCUCUCCACCUACACGCCCGGGCGAGGCGUGGGGAUUCGAGGACUACGGCGUGAAGGUUGUCAACUGUGUUCCAGGUGUCGUUCCAGAGUUUGAGUACCCCGGCGAGCGGGUGUACGGUCUGGAUGGGAAGCCUGCUCCACCAGGCAGCGCAGAGGAGGUGUGGAAAGGUGCGGAGAUGUUCCACAGAAUCAAGACGGAGCUUUAG